AUGUACCGGGAUUCGAGCCAUGAGGGGUUCGCCUCGAUGAUCAUGAAUGACAUUAUUGAGCGUAAAUACUCGCUCGCCUUUGCCAGCUUCGUGCUGUCACUUUUGGCAGUAAACCCUCUAAAGCGACCGACUGCGACGGUCGCAAUGCAGUACUUUCUAGUCCAGGAGAACGAAAUUGUCUUUGACAUGAUGAGUUCCUUUUUCAGCAACGUUUUAGAUUUGUAA